CUUCCUCUCCCCCCGACUCAGCACGUCGAGUCAAUCCCGCGUCCAUCGAAUUUGGAAGACGUUUUGGAAAACAUCUACAUUUGGAGAGAAGAUAUUUUUCAAAAUAGCAAGCAGAGAGACAACAUUUUAAUCUUUUUUGUGUGUGUCUACAACUGAUGGAUGGCAAUGCCCAAAAUAUGUUUCACGGAAAUCAUCAAGGAGAUCCCUAUUACCGCUAUGAUCCAGCCGCUGCCGCAGCAGCUGCGGCUGCAGCAUCUCCACGGGCCAUGGGACCACCCGGUGGCUAUCCUCGGCACAGAGGCCCACAUCCAUUGCAGCAACAGCCUCAGUACCCCACUUAUCAGCCAACGGCGGACAACAUCUAUGGCCUAAGUGCCGCCGAUCAACAUGCCGGCAUGGGUAUGGGUGAUUUAAGCGGUUGGGGUGCCGGACCCACCGUACCCGGCCAGGCAGGUGCCUAUCCAGGUGCCACAUUAGGAGCUUAUGGUCAUCCCCAGGCGGGGCCACCGACACAACAAAGGCAGUCAUCAUCACAGCCAAGCUAUCGCCAACACAUGCCCGCCUAUGGCCAACAGGAUCAAUCAAAAUUACCCUAUGGCUCACAGCAGGGUAUGAUGAGCAGUCUACUGCAACAGCCUGGACCAAAUGUUGGACCUGCUGGCGGCUAUGGUGCCCUAACACAACAACAACCACAGCAGCAACAAGCACCUACGCCCCAACAGCAACAACAACAACAGCAGCAGCAACAACAGCAAAGCCAGCAAUCACGCCUGCCCCCACAACACUAUCCCCAAGCUCCCAGCCAACAUCCUCUCUACUCGACCACACCUACACAACCGGGACCUGGUGUGCCCGCCGGAUCGAGUGUAACGGGCGCACCACAAGGCUAUGGUGUCCCCUAUGGGGCACCCUUGCAGCAUCAAACCAGUCGAUCGGCGCCCCAGCAUGUGGGCUAUGGUCAUGCUGGUCUUGAUCAGCCAAGUCCAUAUGGGCAACAUGUGCCAGGUGGAGCAGCAGCACCUGGUGGCGUUGUCCCCAGUCAUCAUUUAAGUGCCCAGCAGCAGGCUGGCCAAUUGAGUUCGCAUAUGGUGGGUGGUCCAGGACCACAACAACAACAACAGCAGCAGCAACAGCCACCCCCUAGUAUGCAACAGCAACAACAUGGAGUACCUCCGGGUUUAGGUACACCACAGCAGCAACAACAACAACAGCAGCAAAGUACAGCCCAUUUGCUGCAAAGCCAGCAAGGCCAACAACAACAACCACAGCAGCAAACACAAAACCACGUUGGCCUCAUGCAGGCCACGGGUCAGCAUCAACAACUGCCGCCACCCCAUAUGGGAGUGGUGCCACCAUCAUAUGCUGGCCUACACCAACAACAGAGCCAACAACCCCCACCCCAACAACAGCAGCCAGUGGGAGGGGCACCUUCCUACAUGACAUCGGCGGGAAAACAUCAGGCCACAGCAUCGCCCCAAUAUCGGGCGCCAUUCCCGCAACUUUCACCACAAAUGUCACCCAGGCCACCGACCAUGUCACCCCACCCACAAAUGUCUCCAAGACCAGGUAUGUCGCCAGCGAAACCACCUUCCAGUCAACAGCAGCAGCAGCAACAACAACAGGGACCUUCGCCUCAGACGCAACAGCAGCAGCAGUCAAGUGUGAAUUCACCCAGCACCCAACAGCAGCAACAACAACAGCAGCAGCAAACCACACAUCAUAGCAUAUCGGGUAUGGUGGGUUUAUCUUCACCCAGGCAACCGACAACGGCCGGAGGUGGUCCACCAAGUUCCAAGACGGGAGGUUCCACACCCGUCAAUACCUUACAGGCUUUGGAGCAGAUGGUAAUGCCGGGCCAGGGCUUAUCGGCCGGUGGUCCUAUGGAUUAUCCCUCAGCCUAUAGGCAGGCAGCGGCGGCAGCUCAACAUGGUCCGAUGGGACCACGUAUGCCUGUGUCGCCUCAACACCAACAAUGGUCGGCCCACCUGAAUAUGCAACAAAGUCAGCAGGCGCCACCAAAUCCCAUAAGUGUGGGUCAGAUGACCGCUCCACCACAAAUGCCCCAUCCACAACAGCAGCAGCAACAACAUCAACAACAAAUGGGUAUGUAUGGAGCACCACCGCCGCAACCAACACAUCAUCAGCAGCAACUGCAGCAGCAGCAACAACAGCAGGCUCCUGCGCCUUCACAGCAAACUGGAGGUCAGACACCCACCCCUCAUGGCAUUGGUCAGCUGACAACACCUGUCUCCCAAGCCCAACAGCAACAACAGCAGCAAUCAACACCUCCUCAUACUCAACCCCAUUCACAUCAACAACAACAGCAGCAGCAUCAGCAACAACAACAACACCAACAACAUCAACAGCAACAUUUGACCGAACAAUUGCAGCAUUCCAUCAAUGAUAUUGUGGGCAAUACUUCAUCCUCAAAUUCCCAACAACAGCAACAAUCACAUGCUGCAUCCUCUAUGUCUCCCAUGCAUCAUCAGCAGACAGCCGGAGGAAGUAUGACUUUGCAUCACAUGACCACACCAGGACAUCAUCAAAUGGGUCCAGGUGAUCAGAUGCAUCAGUCAUCUCCGUCAAUACAGCCUAGGGGUGUUGAGCCAUCGCAUCACCCGCAACAGCAGCAGCAGCCUGCACCUGGAUCAUUACAACCACCAUCGAAUCAAAUGCAGCAGCAACAGCAACAGCAAAAACAACAAAGUCCCCACCAUCAGCAGGCGCACCAGCAAAGGAGUCCCCAUCAGGCGACGCCACAACAUCAACAACAACAACAGCCUUCUCCUAUGCAUCCCACACAGCAACAACAGCCUUCACCAAUGCAUCCAACACAGCACCAACAACAAACGACGGGUUAUCAACAACCUCCGCCACAACAGCAGCAGCAGCAGCAGCAGCAACCGCAACCCCAACAUGUUCCUUCACCUCAGCUACAACAUACAGCAUCUCAACCACCCCAAUAUAACCCCCAGGAUCCGUUCUCCUCAAUGUUACAACCUCAACAACAACAGCAGCAGCAACAGGAGACCACAGUGCCUGCCGUAUCCACAGCUCCUUCUAUUGCUCAAGCAGCACCACAACAACAUCAGCAAUCCACAAUGUCUCCAGCUCAUGUGUCUUCUCCAGUGCCUACUUCGGCACUUGGAGCGUCUGCAAAUAAUCAACAACAACAACAACAGCAUCAACAACAACCUUCAACACCCUCCACCCCAACGCAACAUCAUUUGAUCAGUGGUAUACUCAAUGAAACUGCCAAUUCCAACGACUCGUCCACCCUAGCAGUGGCGGCCAAUGACAGCAACAAUAGCAGCAGUAAUUCAUCCACCAACAGUACGGUCAACAAUCAUCCCACAUCGAUACAUGACAGUAACUCCCAAAGUUCCAUAAAUAGCAGUCAUAAUGUUCCGACCCUAGCGGCAAUGGACAAUAGCAGUAAUGGUGGCGGUGGAUUAUUGAAUUCGAAUUCAAAUUCUGCCACUGCCAUGGGCGGAGCAGGAGCGACAGUAGGAAGUCUGGGAGCUACGGCGGGCAACAACAGCAGCAGUGGGCCGUCUGUUGGCGGUGGUGGUAUUUUAGAAAGCGCUGGCGCAAGUCUUUUCGACAACAAUUCCAUGUCUUCGAAUAGCGGAGUUGCCAAUGUGACGACGGUUCCAUCAUCCACGCCAGCACCAGCUGCUUUAUUGGAUAGUAAUUCCCAAAGUUCAUUUAUGGGAGCUAUGGCAGCGGUACAACAACACGACAAGCCACCGGAGGAACUGAUGGCCCCGGAGAAACCAUCCAAUGAAAUUCCGCCUCCCACCAGCGGGGAUCUGCGCAAAGAAGAGGAGAUUUCCCGAAGUAUAAGUGGUAGUGAAGAGACCAGUAACAGUGGAAAUCAGGACAGCGCCAAAGAGGGAUUACAAGAAGCUGAUACAAUUGGCUCCAAGCCUAGCGAAUCGCUGACAGAAGAUAAAUUGGAGUCACAAAAAGCAUUGGAAUCUAAAGCUAGCCCUGAAAUUACUUCCCAAACCACACCGGAGGUUAACACAACACCCAUGGAAUCAACGCCAACACCUGUUGGUAUGGGCAACCAAACAUCGGGCAUAACUACAGGUGUAACAACUCUUCCACCGCAUACCACAGCCUCUGGUCAUCCAGUUAUGCCGCCAAUGACAACAGCUCCACCACCAACUGCCAGUAUAACAGCCACAAAUGCCGGCAUGACAACCUUACCAGGCUACGAUGGAAGUGGUGUUGUUCCAGGUCAGCAGCCACAGCUAACGCCACUUGGAAUGCCACCACCACCACAUCCAAUGAUGCCGCCAUAUCCACCACCCCCACCGCCUCAUGGUGGCCACAUGGGCUAUACAACACCCAUGCCCUAUCAUCAUCCGCCACCAAUGUUACAUCAACAGGAAAUUGCCGCACUGCAACAACAACUGCAAGAGCUCUAUUGUAUGCCACCGCAGCAUGAUCAGCAAGAGAAAAUCAUGAGGAUUCAGGAGCGUAUAAAUAUGGUACAACAACAUGAGAUCAAUGAUCAGUGCGUCGGUGGCCCCCAAUGUUUGUUCUAUCAGUCGAUGCCACCACAAAUCUUUGGAGGACCCACUCCCAUAAUGCAACAACAAAUGAUUGAAUCGCCACAGGUGUCCAGCACCACGGGCAGGGGACGCGGCAAGGGAACGAACAAGCCACGUAAGCCCCGGGUCAAAAAAGGUGAUAAGGCGGCGGCCGCUGCUGGUGUCGGUACACCCAAUAGCAGUGAGCUAAUGGAUAUAAGCGGAAAUGUGGUAACACAAAUGACCACAAUUCCACCCAAUCAGUUGCCAGUCUCCGAAGAUUGUGUCACCCAAGGAGCUGGUGAUAACUCAGUUGUGGGUAUGACCGAAUACAAUGAAGGAGAGGGUGGGGAACAUUCUCAAGAUGUUCACUCAGCCAAUGAAUUGGACACUUCCACAGACGCUGGUGGCAAGAAAAAGAAGCCACGUAAGCCAAGGACUCCCAAAGACCCCAACAAACCUCCCCGCGAAAGGACUCCCAAGGCCAAGAAGUUAAAGGAGGGCCAAGAGGGUGCCGAUGGAACACCGGCUGCGGUGCGUAAGCGCAACGGCAGUGCGGCACGUAAAAAGAAAUUGUCCGACGGAGGAAUUGAGGGUGAAGGGGGAGUACCUACUGCAGAUGGCAGUGAAAAUGAAGAUAACAAGCCAUUGGUUGAGAAGUCAUCUACCGGGGAAAAUCCCAGCGCGGAAACCUCUGAAGAGCAGGAUUCUGAAAAUAAGCCUGAAACUACAACCUCAGAUGAGGCUAAACCCAGUACAUUGGAUGGCAGUGAACCCCAAGAUUAUGAUGAUAUACCAGUUUCCAAGAUACCCAAGGGUGAGGGAGCCGAUACCGGCGGUAAUGCCGAAGUGGGUGAUGAAACCGUGGACAGCAUACCAGAUUCGGCCGGAGAUACAACAGCUACUCCUACACGAGCUAAAAAGAAACGACGUGGAGGACGUGGCGGAGGCGGUGGAGGAGGCACCGGUGAUGAGGGUGAGGGUGGCAGUAGCGGCAGACCAAGACGUAGCCGUGGUGGUAAUCUAUCAGCUCGGGCUUUGAAAAAGCGUCGCAAUCGUGGACGCAUUGUACCCGAAUCCGAUGGCGAGGAUGAUAACUUAGAUAGAACACCGCCUCCCUCGCCACCACCAGAAUCUGAGUUAGAUACCAAUAAACGGCGGUCAUCUAGAAAUACCCAACGUAAGAAGUAUAUCGAUGAUGUUAUGCUAAGAUUUUCCGAUGAAGAGACUGAAUCCCUGUUGGGAACAUCACCCUUGAAAAAGGAUAAAAAGUCAGCAGCAGCAGCUGCUGCCGCUGUGGCCUCUACAUCAGCAGCCGCAGCGGUUAGCAGUAAUUCCAGCGAUGGAGAAAAUGCACUGCAACAGGCGGCCAGUAGCUCGGCAGCUGGCGGAGACAGUAACCAGGAACAACCUACCACCACAGAUGAAAAGUCCAAUUUGGCCGAAGAUAUGCAAGUGGGUAGUGGGGGAGGAGCUGAGGCUACAUCUAGCACAACCACUCCCUCGAUACUCAAUGAAAAAUCCGAAAAAUCGCAAGAGGCCACUGUGGCCCCCACAGCAUCGGCCAAACCCAAUUAUGUUUACAUCAAUACCGGAGAUGAGGAUAGUAUGGUGGUUCAAUAUGUCUUGGCUGUGAGAAUGGGCAAACGAGAACUUUUGCCAGAUCCUCCCACACCGGAACCACCAAAACCGGAAGAGGAAAAAGAGCCAGCAGCGGAAGAAGAGAUCAAAAAAGAAGGCGAUGAGGAUGCUGAAAAGAAAGAUGAAACUGCCAAAGCAGAUGAAGAAAGUGGUGAAAAGAAAGAAGCUAAAGAGGAAGAGAAGAAUGAAGAAAAGUCAGCUGAGGAUAAAUCCCAGGCUGAAGACAAAGAAGCCGUUGCAUCCAAAGAGAGUGAUGACAUCAAGACUGAGGGAGAAGUAGAAAAAAUGGAUACCAGCACAACAGAAGAAGUAAAGGAUGAAGAAAAGAAGGAGGAUGAAUCGAAGAUGGCUGAAGUGGUGGAAGCCAGUGAAUCUAAGAAAGAAACUGACGAAACUCCAAAGGAAGAAAAGGAGGAGGAAAAGAAAGAGAAGGAGGUGGAGGAUGAGAAAGCUACCACAGAAAAAAUGGAGGUUGAUGAGGAGAAUGAGUCUCCAAAAUCACCCAAAGAAAAGGAGGUGGCAGAAGAAAAAGAAGAGAAAGUAAGUGAUAAAAAGGACGAAAAGGAGGUAGAGAAAUCUGAAGAAAAGAAAGAAGAGAAAACUGAAGCCAUGGAAGUUGAAGAAUCGGCAGAGAAACCAGAUGAAGAAAAGACAGCUAAAACCGAUGACGAAACUAAGGAGCCAAGCUCCGAAGAACAAAAACCAGCCACAGAAGACGAUAAAAAGGAUGAAGUUGCUGAUGAAGAUAAAUCGGAAAAGGAAGAUAAAGAAAAUGAAGAAGAAAAACCAAAACCCGAACCUGUAUAUAUAGAAGUAGAAGAAUACUUGGUCAAAUAUCGCAACUUUUCCUAUCUGCAUUGCGAAUGGCGCACCGAAGAAGAGCUGCUGAAGGGAGAUCGUCGUGUCUGUGCCAAAAUACGACGUUUCCAACAGAAACAGGCCCAGCAGAUGAGUUUUGAAACCCUCGAUGAGGAAUAUUUCAAUCCAGAUUUUGUUGAGGUGGAUCGUGUGUUGGACAUGUCGGUGCACACCGAUGAACAAACCGGUGAGACGACCAAACAUUAUUUGGUCAAAUGGAAGUCUUUGCCCUAUGAAGAUUGUACAUGGGAACUGGAGGAGGAUGUGGACGAAGAGAAGAUUGAACAAUAUUUACGUUUCAAUAAGAUACCACCACGUUCCGAGUGGAAGGGUAAGCGUCGUCCGACACCGGAUUUGUGGAAGAAAUUGGAAAAGACACCCGUCUACAAGGGUGGCAACACCUUGAGACCCUAUCAAUUGGAGGGUCUCAAUUGGUUGAAAUUCUCUUGGUAUAAUUCACACAAUUGUAUCCUGGCCGAUGAAAUGGGUCUGGGCAAGACCAUACAAAGUUUGACCUUUGUCCAUUCCGUCUAUGAAUAUGGCAUAAGGGGGCCAUUCCUGGUAAUUGCUCCCCUCUCUACAAUACCCAAUUGGCAGCGUGAAUUUGAAAGUUGGACAGACAUGAAUAUUGUGGUCUACCAUGGUUCGGUGACCAGUAAACAAAUGAUACAGGACUAUGAGUUCUUCUACAAAACGGAAUCCGGCAAAAUGCUCAAGGAACCGGUUAAAUUUAAUGUCCUAAUUACCACCUUCGAAAUGAUUGUUACCGAUCACAUGGAUUUGAAACCCUUCAAUUGGCGUCUGUGUGUCAUCGAUGAGGCUCAUCGUUUGAAGAAUCGCAACUGCAAACUAUUGGAUGGUUUGCGUCAACUGAACUUGGAACACAGGGUGCUGUUGUCCGGUACACCUUUACAAAAUAAUAUGGGUGAAUUAUUUUCACUGCUCAACUUCUUGGAACCCAGUCAAUUCUCGUCGGCCGAAGAAUUCAUGUCUGAAUUUGGCAGUCUGCGUACCGAAGAAGAGGUCAAUAAAUUGCAGGCUCUUCUCAAGCCCAUGAUGUUGCGUCGUUUGAAGGAUGAUGUAGAGAAAUCAUUGGCACCCAAAGAGGAGACAAUUAUCGAGGUGGAACUGACCAAUAUCCAAAAGAAAUACUAUCGUGGUAUAUUGGAACAGAACUUUGCUUUCCUCAAGAAGGGCACCACCUCCGCCAACAUACCCAAUCUAAUGAACACCAUGAUGGAACUGCGUAAAUGUUGUAUCCAUCCAUAUCUGCUGAAUGGUGCCGAGGAACAAAUCCAGUACGACUAUCGUAAUCAACAUGGCGAAGACCAUGAAUCGUAUUACAAAAACAUCAUUCAAUCUUCGGGUAAAAUGGUGCUCAUCGACAAGCUACUGCCCAAGUUGAAAGCCAAUGGCCACAGGGUUUUGAUCUUCUCCCAGAUGGUACGUUGCCUAGAUAUCUUGGAAGAUUAUCUGAUAUAUCGUAAAUAUCCAUUUGAACGUAUCGAUGGUCGUAUACGUGGUAAUUUGCGUCAAGAGGCCAUUGAUAGGUAUUCCAAGCCUGGUUCAGAUCGUUUUGUUUUCCUGCUCUGUACCAAGGCUGGUGGUUUGGGUAUUAAUUUAACUGCUGCCGACACGGUUAUCAUCUACGAUUCCGAUUGGAAUCCCCAAAACGAUUUACAGGCCCAGGCCAGAUGUCAUCGUAUUGGCCAACGGAAAAUGGUGAAAAUUUAUCGUCUACUCUGCCGCAACACCUACGAACGUGAAAUGUUCGACAAGGCCUCCCUGAAACUGGGUCUCGACAAGGCUGUUCUACAGUCCAUGAAUACCCAGAAUUCCAAAGAUGGUAGCAACAAACAGCUGACGAAAAAGGAAAUUGAAGAUCUGCUCAAGAAGGGUGCCUACGGUGCAGUCAUGGAUGACGACAAUGCGGGCGAUAAGUUCUGUGAAGAAGAUAUCGAUUCAAUUUUGAAAAGACGUACCCAGGUUAUCACCAUGGAAUCGGAGAAGGGAUCCACAUUCUCGAAGGCCUCUUUCGCUGCUUCGGGUAAUCGUUCCGACAUCACAAUUGAUGAUCCUGAUUUCUGGACCAAAUGGGCUAAGAAAGCCGACAUCGAUCCCGAUGCCGUGGAACGUGAUGAAACUGAAGAUUUAGUCAUUUCUGAACCAAGACGUCGUACACAAAUUAAACGUUACGGUCAUGAGGAUGUCAUGGAAAUGAAUUCCGAAGAGUCAUCGAAUGAGAACAGCGAUGAAGAGGGUGGCAUUGGUAUACGUUCGACAAGGCGUUCACGCAAAGAGAAACGAGAACGUGGCCGCGAUAAGAAAGCCAAUGAGGAAUAUGUACCCAGGGAGCGGGAUGCUUUAGCCGCGCUUGGUUUGGAUGAGAUCCAAUAUGGUAAUUGGGCUAAAUCGGAGUGUUUCAAGGUCGAAAAGGGUCUGCUGUCAUUUGGCUGGGGCCGUUGGCCAGAAAUCUUGGAAUUGGGACAAUUCAAACGUGGAUGGCGGGACAUUAACGUUGAGGAGUGCUCGCGUAUAAUUCUAUUGUAUUGUCUGCAAGUCUACAAGGGCGAUGAGAAGAUCAAAACCUUCAUCUGGGAUCUGAUAACACCCUCCGAGGAUGGUGAGGUGACAAAAAUCAGCAGGGAUCAUAGUGGCCUCCAUAAUCUGGUGCCACGAGGACGUAAUGGUGGUAAAACGCAAAAAGAUGGUGAGACUGCUACUACGGCUAGUGGUGGUACAACACCAACGCCCACGGAUUCAGCUACGGCACCGCCAACUCCCGAAAGCACAGGUGGUGGUGAGGGCAGCACGCCAACAACAGCUGCCGCCAAACCACCCAAGAAAGAGCUCGGCACCCAUGGUCUACAGAAUAUACAGGACCCCAGUCAUUGGAGCAAACAGGAGAAAUAUGAUGCUGAUUCCUAUCUAGAGGGGGCAUAUAAAAAACAUUUAAGCAGACACGCGAAUAAAGUUUUAUUGCGCGUCCGUAUGCUGUAUUAUAUACAACACGAGGUGAUUGGAGAUUUGGUGCAACAGAUUAAGGAUAACACACCUGUCAGCGAGUUGCCAAUACGCCCGCCAACCAUGGCUGAAGCUGUGCCGGCCUCUUGGUGGAAUCCUCCCUGCUGCGACAAGAGUCUUUUGGUGGGCACCUUUAAACACGGCUGUGAAAUGUAUCGCAUAAUGCGUUCCGAUCCUGCCCUAUGUUUUGCCGGUCAUGUUGGUGCCACAGCCACAGAGGAGACAACCGUAGCCAAUUUGCCUGUCGCUGAAGAAGACGCCAACUCAAAACAAGAUGCCGACAAUGAAGAAGUCGACGAUGAUGGCACUGCCACCAAAGACUCUGAUUCCACCAAGUUGACUACGGGCGACAAAGAUAAAGAUUCUUUAGAUCCACCCGAACGUCCCAGCUCUUCGGGUAAGAAUAAAAAAUUGGCCAAAAAAGCAACCGCAGAUGCAACAGUUACAGUGGCUGAUAAUGAGAAUGGCAAAGCUGUUGAAAGUGCCACUGGUGGCGGCGGCGAAGAUGAGGAGAAUAAACCAAUCGCCGAAACAACGACGCCACCUGCAGUUGUUGGUAAAAAACGUAAACGUUCCAAGUUAGCCGAAGAAGAAACAUCAGCUGAGAAGGAUGAAAAUGACAAAUCAUCCUCGUCGGCAACGGAUAAUGAUGGCAAUCCUUUGGAUAAAAAUGAAGCCGAUACAAAAUCAGAUAAAGAUACAGGCGAUGUUGAGGAAAUGGAAACAGAAACAGCUGAGGCAUGCAGUAGCAGUAGUGCCAGCAGUGCAAGCAAUGAUAAAUCAUCAUCAGCCGAGGCUGUUGGGGCUGCGGAUAGCAGUGAUACAGCUACUGUUGCUGCCGCUACAACUGCCAAUGAUUCCAAUUCCAUGGAUGUUAGUGUAUCGGAAUCUGAACCAACAACUGUUGCUGGCGCCAAAGGUGAUGAGGUUAAUUCUUCAGCAGACGCUGCUGCCAGUAGUACAACAAAAACAACAGCUGAGACCACAACCCCGCCGUCUACUACUGAAACUGUUGACGUUGAGAAAGCUGCUCCAAAUUCGGCCACAACAGAGGCCAAAAAUACAUGUACUACCACCACCAUCACCUCAACUACCACCACCACUACUACUACCAAUAUAUCUACUACCACAUCUACAUCAUCCACUACCACCACCACCUCAUCAUCAACAACAAGCUCGACAGAGCAAACGCAAAAUGAUACUGUUAAUACAACUACUACAACAAACCCAAACAACCCAUGUUUAGGCUUAGAUGAGGAGGAGAGUGGUGCCGGUUCAUAUCCACCCACACAAGCGCCGGUCGAUGAUAAUUCGGCAACAAUGUGGCCCUCAAUGCAGGAUCUAAAUACACGUCUGCGACGUGUUAUAACUGCCUAUCAAAGGAAUUACAAAAAAGAAGAAUUGAAACAACAACAAAAGGCCAAGCUACAGGCAUUGGUUUCGUCAACGCCACCCUUGUCGGUGCCGACUACACCCACCUUACAAUCGAUACAAUUACAAAUGCAAAAUGCUGCUGCUGGUGGUGUUGGAUCGGCAACAGGAACAAGUGCAGGAGGUGUUAACGCAAUUGGAGGUGGUGGAGCCACAACACCCCAGGAUCCUGGUAGUCGAAGUCUACAAUCGUUGAUACAAGGCAACAAUAGUACAUUGUCAACGGGACCAAGUACUUCAGCGGCUGCUGCGGCAGCAGCACAAAAUGCCGCUGCUGCUCAGAAUAUAACACUACAACAACAGUUGCAACAGCAAUCAGUUAUGCAGCAACAAGCACUGCAACAACAGCAACAGACAUUGCAACAACAGCAACAGUCUUUGCACCAACAACAACAUCAGCAGCAACAAACCUUGCAGCAGCAACAACAACAACAGCAGCAGCAGCAACAGGGCAACAGUGUUGCUUCGGCUGCCAUAGCUGCCCUAACCUCAACACCCAUGCCAACGGCCGCAGAUAUUAGCCUAAUGCUGAACAUUCUCAACACAACCGAUGUCAGUCAACUGGCUAAUUUGGACAUCAAUAAACUGGCCAUGUACUUGGUUAGUAUGAACAAUAAAAUGGAACGUCAGGGCAAAAUGGAAAUGGUUGCCAAAGAGCGUGAAAUGCAACGCUUGCAGUGCAUUCCAAAGAAAUGGAAUCGCCGUGAGGAGUAUGAAUUUUUACGUGUCCUUACCGGCUAUGGUAUUGAUUUUCUACCACCCACCGCUCUGGCGCCGGGAACCACCAACACCCCCACAAGUCUCAUGCCCGAUUGGACCAAAUUCAAACAGAUGGCCCAUUUGGAGCGAAAGAGUGAUGAAACAAUGAGUGAUUAUUACAAGGUAUUCAUAACAAUGUGUAAACGUCAAGCGGGCGUUAAGCUAAACGACAAUGAGAAGGGUCUAGAGGGCAUAAUCGAAGAUAUAAGUGAAGAUCAUGCCAAAUUAAUAUUGGAUCGUUUGGAGUUACUUUCGAAGUUGAGAGAAAUCGCCAAACAUCCACAAUUGGAAGAACGUCUCAAAUUGUGUAUGGUUAAUGCCGAUACCCCCGAUUGGUGGGAACCCGGAAAACAUGACAAAGAAUUGAUGGCUGCAGUUCUCAAACAUGGCCUAUAUCGUUCGGAGACUUUCAUUUUCAAUGAUCACACAUUUUCUUUUGCCGAUUCGGAAAAACGUUUCAUUCGUGAAUUGGAGGCUCAAAUCCAGCGUUCCAUUAAACUGGAGGCCAUGAAUGCCGAAAAAUUGUCCGUCAAGGAUGAAAUAAUUGAUCUGGAUGAUGAGUUGCUCACAAAGAGUAGCCUCAUUAAAAAGGAAAACUAUUCGCCCGUAAAGAGUGAAGUUAAAAGCGAGCCCAAGGAUAUUAAAACGGAAGAUGUUGUGGUGGAGGAGUGCAAAAAAGAGAAUUCCGCCAGUGAUGAAAAUAAAUCGGAAAAAUCCCAUGACUUGUCAGUGAAAAAGGCAGAGGAGGAAAUCGAAUGUCAAGACUUGACAAAAGACGAUGAUGAUGACGAUGAUUUGCCUUUGGCUUUGGAAAAAACCAAAGAUAAAGUCAAGGAGGACGAAAAGAAGGAUAGCAGUAGCUCGGCCACAGAGGCGGAAAAGGAAACACCAAAGAAGGAAGCUCAAGAUGAAGCUGCUGAGGCCAUGGAUGCUGCUGAAGAACAAGAUUUGUCCACAUCUAAAAAGGAUGCUAAAGAAUCUUUGGAAGAGAAAUCCAAGGAAGAAACGGAAGAAAAGUCUUUGGAUGAAAAGGACAAAGAGGAAACACCAUCAUCCAAAACGGAGGGAGAUAAGGAAGAAUCACCAGAAAAGAAAGAAGAUGAGGAAAAAGAAUCGAGUUCAGAAAACAAGGAACAAGACUCCAAAUUGGAUUCCUCACUAAAAGAAAAGGAAACCAAGGAUGAAGCAGAGAAAUCAUCCGAAAAGAAAGAAAAAUCAGCGGAAAGUGCAAAGACGGCAUCUACACAAGAGGAUGAAAUCUUGGAUUUGGCCUCCGCCACAAGCGGUUCCAAUGAUCCCGAUGAUGAGGAAGUUAUGAAGGAGAAAGAAAAGGCCGUGGAAGAGGAAUGCAAUAAACAAGCGGCCGAAUUGAAGGCUCGUUUCCCCGACCUGGAAGUCAUACAACCAGGUGCCGCCAAGCAAAAGCUGGAGAAACCAAAACUGGAAAUGUGCAUGAUACGUUGGUUCAAAGAUUUUGCCUUGGAGCGACGCAUCUGUCACAUUGUCACCUGUGUUGAAACAGGCAAAUGGCCCGUGGACAAAAGCUACUCAGCAUUGGCUGGUUGUAAGGAUAUGGAUCUGAAGAUUGCCUUACACGAUGCCAUACCCCAUUUGAGUGUGGGCAUAGAAAAACGUUCUACCACACCAGAUGUUAUUACCAUUACCACUGACCAAGGGGUUACCAAACAUUUGCCCACAUCACAAGUGCAACAACAGGUUGCCACAGCUGCUGCGGCGGCGGCAGCAGCAACACCAGUGCCUCAAGUAUAUCCUCGGCAGCUGCGGCCGGCAGCAGCCGCUGGUCUUUCUGGUCUAGAUGCCAAUACCCUAAAUGCUGCCAUGGCAGCAGCUGUUGCUGCAGCCGGUGGAAAUGCCAGUGCAUUAAGUGCUCUCCUGCCGGGAAUGUCAUUGACAGCCUUGUCUGGUCUCACCAUACCCAAUUCCAGUGUUGGUAAUUCGGGAUCAGCAUCCACAGCGAACACCACCAGCACAACAAAUUCGGGCAAGAAACGUAAACGUCACAUUGCCAUCGAUGUGGAAACCGAGAGAGCCAAGCUGCAUGCCUUAUUAAAUAGUUCUCAGUCGUCUGCUAAAGACUGGGAAACCGAAAUAGCAAAUAUGGCGGCUGCUGCAUCGGGAGCUGGGACCACGAUUGGUUCUUCAAGGCGUUCAUCUUCUGCUGCCUCGCCGGCCUCUAAUUCUUCAUUGGCCUCCGCCUUGCAACCACCGCCGGCCCAUCAACAUGCUCCCUUGAGUCGUCAAACAUCAGGACAAUUCAAUAAACCUGCCGUACCACCACUCAAGACUCCGCCACCAUCUUCGAUGGGCGGUGCCAUGGAUUUGUCAUCGAGCUUGCCCAAAAUGAACAUGGCUGAUAUCAUGAAAUCCGCCUCAGCUGGAGCAAUUGAUUUGAGUGAAGUACAAGAUUUUUCAAUGGGUUCCAAGAAAUCUUCAUCGAACUCACAAUCCUCGGCAUCAAGCAUUCAUGCAGCCCUGAGUUCUGCAUUCCCCUCAAUGGCCAGCAAAGGUGGUGGCAAAUUAGAUGAUACCCUCAAUAAGCUGAUGAAAAAGAACAAUUGUACCAUUGAAGAACCCGUUGUGGGCAAGGAAAAGAAACGCAAGAAAUUGGAUGAAAUUGUUUUGGGUCUAUCUGCGGCAAAGGAACAAAAGACUUUCCCCGACCCAUCACUGCCCUCAUCGAAGAAACCUCAAAUACCACCCAGCGUAUCGGUGACACCGGCCAAUGCCGCCUCUGCCAUGUCUUCGCAACAGCAACAAAAUCAAAAACCAUUUACAAUCACUGUUACGACAGUGCCCGGAAAGGGAAAAGGCAGUUCUCAAUCCUCUGGAGGCCAAUCAUCUUCGGGAGGUUCAUCUAGUUCCGGACUAUCGGCUCUACAAAAUAUGGCUGGCAUGGGUAGUCUUUCGGCCAAGGAUAGUUUGAAUGCCUUAUUGGCCCAGACCAUGGCCACAGAUCCGCAAACCUUCAUCAAACAACAGCAGAAAAUGAUGCAAUGCCUACCAGCUGCUCAGCGUAAAUUGUAUGAAUCGAUGUUGGCUGAAAUGGAGCAGACCAUGAAAAUGAACGCCAAAUACGGUGGUCCAAUGGAAACAAAGGUAGACAAAUGGCUGACAGACAUGGGUGCACCCUCCAUGGAUUAUACAGGUGGCAGUGGUAGCAGUAAUCCCUCGACCUCAUCCAGCGGCCGAAGAUCGAAUCGUCAAUCUUCAACGCCAUCCCAGCAAUCUCUAUCUGCUUCACAAAUGUCAUCUUCCAAAUCAUCUGCCUCCCAGUCACACAGUCAAUCCUCAAGUGUUCAACAACACCAGCAACAACAAUCAAUGGGUGGCCCGCCACCUGGUUUGACCGGCGAUGAGCCAGUUCCUGUGAUCAAUAAACAAACCGGCAAACGUUUGUCGGGCAACAAAGCCCCACAAUUAAAGAGAUUGAUGCAAUGGCUAACGGAAAAUCCCAACUAUGAAGUGGAUCCCAAAUGGUUAGAGCAAAUGCAAAAUCCCAUGUCUGCACCCUCACCUAAACCAAUGGAGUCCAGUUAUUCGACAUCAAGCAAGAGCCACACUGGCCGACCAUCCUCAACAUCGAGCAAUGCUUCUUCCAACAGUCAUUCCAAUAGCCAACAACAAUCCCAAUCGACGCCCACAUCGAGCUCAUCCAAAAAGUCCUCAAGGCAAAGUGCCAUGGACCAGGCGAAUGCUGCUGCCAUGCAACAAUUUGGAUCGUUGGCUGGCUUGAAUCCUAAUCUCUUGGCCAGUUUGCCAGGUUUGGGUUCCUUUGAUCCCAAAAAUCCAUUGGCUGCUUUUGAUCCCAAAAACCCCUUGCUCUCCAUGCCUUUUGCUGGUAUGCCAGGUAUGGGUAACAUACCGGGCUUGGGUAAUCUCAACAACAUGAAUUUGUUUGCCAGUCUGGCUGGCAUGGGUGGUUUGGGAAAUUUGGCUAGCAUGGAUGCUCAAUCAUUGGCCACUUUGAUGGCCGCAGCUGGACCUGCACUGAGUGGCUUAGGAGGUAUGCCAGGUUCCUCAUCGUCGUCAAGCGGCGGCGGUGGUGGUUCUUCAAGUAAGAAUUCUGGACAAGGAUCAGGCUCUUCAAAUUCGAAUAAGAAACCCACAAAAGCUGAGUUGUUGCAGCAAAAUGCCGCCGCAGCAGCUGUGGCUGCAGCUGCCUUAGGAGCCUCGGCUUUAUCUACUGGCAAUUCCGGUUCUGGAUCGAACUCGAAAAAUUCCGGACCAAGUGCUUCACAACUCGCUGCAGGUUUUCCAUUCCUUUUCGGCAAUCCAUCUCUGCUGUAUCCGCCCAUGGGUAUGAGUGGUUUAAAUCCAUACUCGUUGGGGUCUGCGGGAUUGGGUUCAUCGGGCUUGGGUGCUGCCUACGAUCAAUUGGCACAACAAUAUCUUAUGAAUGGAGCCUCUUCAGCCGGCUCCACUUCCACCACCCAAACCAAGGCUCAUCAAUCGCAGUCCUCGAAAUCCUCCAAUUCCAGAUCAUCUUCGUCGUCUUCUAAUGCUGCAUCAUCGGCGGCCCAAGCUGCAAAUCUUAUGAAUGCCAUGGCUGCCAGUAUGGCAGGGUCUUCAAAUACCGGAUCCAAUAGCUCGCAGAGUAGUUCUCGUGGUCGCCAAUCAUCGGCCAGCAGAGCUGCAGCGCAAGCAUCCGCUGAAAUGGCUCAGUUGUCUAAUCUCCUUAUGCCACCCGCUGAUGCCCAGCUAUUGGAACAAUUCUCACGUAUGGCUAAUAUGGAUUUGGCUCAAGCCACACGUCUAAUGAAUUCUCUGGGUAUGCCACCCAUUUCGGGAGCCAGCACAUCAUCCUCAUCCACCGUAAGUGAUAAACGGUCGUCCUCGUCCAGUUCUUCGGCCAAUGCUGCAGCUGUAGCUGCCCAGCAGGCCGCCAAGGAACAACAGAAACUAAUGGAGGCCUUGGCUCGAGGUCAAUUGCCCACGGAUUUGGCAACGCUGCAGGCCUUGUCACAGGGAAAACUUCCACCCUCCAUGACAGGUGGCGGUGGUUCUUCGGGUUCCUCAUCCAAUGCAAAUUCAUCUUCCAACAAUUCAUCUUCGAGUAAGAGUGCGAAAUCAGCUGCUGCCGCGGCAGCCGCUGCUGCUGCAGCUUCUCUGCCACAAAUACCUGGCAUGCCUGCUGACUUUAGUCAGGCAUUCCUGGCUGAAAUGGCAGCCCAGGCUAUGGCUGCUGCUGGAGGUCCAUUACCCCUAACCGGUCCCGGUUCCUUGGCCAGUUUAACGGGCAGUUUGGCCGGUCUGACGGGAGGUUCAUCCACACAAUCAACAUCAUCUUCAGCGACUUCGUCGUCCUCAUCAAAGAGACAAAGGGAACACGAUGCACUUUCCAAAGAUGCCUUCCAGAAACAAAUGGACUACUAUACCAAAACAUUGGGCCUAGGCUCAGGUAUAUCACUCAUACCUACAUCGGCGUCAUCAUCUGGACCUUCGUAUGGUGAUGAUCACCACACGACCACCAAGUCAAAGAGGCAAAGAACUGAGACAUCAACGUCAUCACUGAAGGACGAUUUGAAUGCCGCCGCUGCUUUGGCUGCUGCAGGUUUUCCAAUGAAUUUGGGUGGCGGAAUGACGAGCAUAGAAAAGAGUAUACGUGGCGGAAGUAGUAGUGGUAUGGGAGGUGGCGGAUCGGGCGGUGGUUCCUCUUCGGCAUCGUCGGGAUCCUCAGCUCAGCCAGAGGCAGAUAAGGUCACACUAACACCUCUGAAUUCGGCUGGUAUUGCGGCCAAUUUACCUUCACAGACCACCAUUACCAUUGCCCCACCAAUUAGUUCCGGAGCCAGCUCCAGUAGUGAGCGGUCUGAGCGAAGUGAGUCUAGAAUUUCCCUGACCAUAACUAAUGCAGCUGAGGCUGCCAAAAUGCCACCUCCCUACGAAGAAGCCGACGAACUGAUAAUACAACCAAUACUCAAAAAGCCGACACAACAGCAACCAAGUCCAUCUGCCAAUUCGUCGUCAUCGUCGCACAGCAAUUCUCAAGCGCCUCCACCACCACCAUCCUCUCAAACACCCACCUCCCAGGCCAACUCAGCGGCCAGCUCAAUGCAUGGCGGCAGUGUGGAAGACUUGACACAUGAUUCGGCCAACAAUAGUGCAUCGUCGAAUAACGAAGAGACUCGCCGAUCUUCGGGUCGGCUAAAACGUCCCAGAUCGGGUGCCGAUCAUUCGCUGAUAGCCGAACAACCGCCAGAGAAGAGACGUGAGUUGCGCUCAACGCGUCACACACGUCAAUCGUCGUCGGGUAGUGCCGAUAAUUCGUUGAAUCUAUCGACGAACAGUGAAACGGACGAAAGGCCGGAAUGAGGUUUAAGGCGUUUAAGGAGCAAAUCUAUAAAUAAAUAGUAGAGAAGAAGCAUGUAAACAACACACACACAAACACAAAUAAAAAAAACUGCAACACUCGGAGCUAUAGAGCGAAUUAAGAGGAGGAGAAAAAUAAAAAAAAUAUUUAAUAGCAAGCGAAUAUUGUAAAUGAACAUUGCUAAAAAGAAAAGUUCAAAUGUGGUUUGAAAGUUUUGAAAAGAGAUUCAAAAAAAAGUAAAGCCGAAAGUUGGAAGAAAAAUGUGAAAUUUUAAAUUUUGCAAAACUGGUUUGAAAUAGUCGUCGUACAGACUUAUAACCACCCGAAGCCAAUAAAUUUCUUUCCGAAAUUUUCAAAACACAUUUGAACAGCACAUUCGAAAGAGAAGUGGAGCGCGUCAACUGCUGCUUAGUAGCAAAUAAUUAAACAAAAAUGAUAAAUUAUAAUAAUUAGUGUAGGAUAUAAUAUGAAACAGCAAGAAGAAGAGAGUUAGGAGAGUAUUUGAAAACUCUCCGCAGCAUCAAACACAACAGUAAACUGAUUAAAAGUGAGUUUAGUUUUAAAUUUAAGCUAUAAUAAAAAAAUUAAAUAGUUAUUAAACAAUUGAGAGCAAAACAGAAAGAAAAAGUUUUAAAAUUUUUAUGCUAAAAUAGAAAAGAAAAGAGAAAACAACAAACAAAAAAUCAUAAAACAACAAAAAAAAGAUUCUUUUUUAAUUUUGUAAAAUAUAAGCUUAAUUUUAGUUUUAUUUUUUAGUAAUUUUAUUCAUUUUUAAAGGACACACACACAAAAAACCGACUACAA